UUCUCCAAUUCAGUGUUAUGACGGUUUUCAAUACCAAGCUAUGAACAUGAGAUGGACAAGUGAAAUGGACCGGUGCCUCAGCAUGAUUCUUUUAGAGCAAGUGAAUCUCGGAAAAAAAAGAAAAUCGAGUAACAAAUUUAAGCCUGCAGCAUAUGUUGCUGCCGUAUCGGCUUUACGUGAAAGGUUUCAGCUCAACUUCACAAAAGACCAUGUUAAAAAUCGAAUUAAAGCAUGGAGGAAAUUAUACAGCAGUGUGAAGAAGCUCCUUGAUCAGAAUGAGUUUCAUUGGGAUGAGAAACAAAAGAUGGUGAUUGCAAAUGAUGCUGUAUGGGAUUACUACAUUAAGAUGCAUCCUGAUGCGAGGCUUCUUCAAGGACAGGUCAUAGAAAACUAUGAUGAGUUAUGUUAUAUCAUUGAGAACUUUAAUCCAACUGAGAGUUCUACAAAUGAUUCUGAAGCUGACUUAGACUGGGAUACUGAGAAUGAAGAUGUGGAGACUGAAAUUGUAUAUCAGAAUCGAAGUGACAAUGCAAAAGAGAGAGUGAAGUACAUCAUAUGGACGGAUGAGAUGGACCGUUGCUUAACAGAGAUUCUUGUUGAUCAAUUGAAGCAGGGGAAUAAGCUUGAGAAAAAAUUUAAGCCUGUAUCAUUCGCAGCUGCUCUUACCGUUUUAAAUGAAAAUUUUGCACUCAAUGUAACAAAAGAGAACAUUAAGAGCCGAUUGAAAACAUGGAAGAAAUUAUACGGACUUGUGAAGGAGCUCCUCUCUCAUUGAGGAUUCGAGUGGAAUGAGGAACAAAAGAUGGUUGUUGCACCUGACUCAGUGUGGAAUGAGUACAUUAAGAUGCAUCCUGAUGCAAAAUCUUUACGGGCAAGAUCCAUUGAGAAUUAUAAUGAAUUGAGUGCUAUCAUUGACGACAAUCAUGCAAAAGGCUGCUGGUUUACAAGUGGUGCCAAAGGUGAUUUAAAUCCCA